AUGGGCCGCCCCUCGCGACUCAAACCACGCUUUCCGCGGAUCAAGCCUUCGGACUACCUCGACCAUCCCGAUUGCCCGAAUCAAUACGCCACGAUGCCGCUGUGCCUUGUCACUUUCGGAGGUACGAUCGUCGAUAAAGGAGGACGUAAGAGGCCGAGGAAGGCCAAGACAGAUAUGGAUGCCACUCCCACCACAUCUGCAACGUCAAACGUCGAAACGAGCACGAACCAACGCGUCCCUGUCGCCUCGACCUCAGUCUUCGCCAAUGACCUGAACUUCUCCCACGAUGAUUUCAACGAGGAUUAUCUCAGGGACUUCCCUCUUGCUCAGCAGGCCGAGUACGAAGACCUAGGGGGAAUGGAUCUUUCCAUGGAGCGCUGGGACCCACCCGACCCCGACUUACAACGCCCAACUCACCAGGAACUCGCACAGGAGGUUUUACCAACUCCCCGCGUCUCCGAUCCGCCGGUUGCCGCUAAGCAAGAAGGUUACUUCAAGUUUAUCACACUCGAGCACGAGCAGCGCGAGGGUCAGCGCGCUGCCCUUUUGGGUCUCUGUCUUGAUUUACGCAUAAGCACCAAUGGGCAGUUUCUGCCGCUCGUUUCGAACAGCGACAAGGACGACUUGAACGUUCCUUCACCAUGCCACUGUCAGCACGUGUAUGCUCGCGAGGUGGUCCUGUACGACGGACUGACCGGUAUGUGUCAUGCCAGCUCCGUUCACCGAUUUGCGCGAUGCAUCUUUUCUCGCCGUUGUCCUGGUAUCACUGACACGUGAAACCCCCUCUGCGCCUUGCCUUUCAGUCUAUUCCAAGCAAGUCACGUUCUGCGCUUCCAAUCCGCCCUGUAUUGCGGAAGCUGUACGCCUGGCUCAACUUGGGUUUAUAGCAUCGACCGCUGUCAACCCAGGAUCAGCGUUCUCCUUCCGCAUGAUCCGCCUAGAAAACUCGCGUUGGCGUAACGCCCCUUACGCCCUCACUGGCCACGCUGCAGACUUCGAAGACUAA